AUGGGGGAAAGAGACCGAAAAAGGAAGAAUGCUGAUGACUCGAAAGCCUUGGAAGACGACGAUCCUCUUGCCCUCUGCCUCUCUCCUCCCUCCCGCCGCCCUAAUCCUCUAACCCCACACCCGCCCCUUUCCCCCCCUUCCCCCGGGCCACCACAGCACUCCUUCCCUCCCCCUCCUCCCCCGCCGCCACCUCUUCUUCUCCCCGACUUCAUCUCCGUCCCCUCCUCCGCCGCGUCCGCUCCCUCCGCCGCCGCCGCCGCCGCCGCAGCCGCCAUCCCCCCUGCCCGCCACCCCCGCGCCCGCCGCAACCCCUCCAAGACCCCACGCGGCGCCCACAAGUCGGACACCGUCCCACCUCCCUUCUCUUGGGCAACCGAUCGCCGCGCCACCGUCCACUCCCUCAACCACCUUCUCUCUCAGAACAUCACGAACAUCACCGGCGAGGCACAGUGCAAGCGCUGCGAGGCCUCCCAGGUCAUCUCCUACGAUCUCGUAUCCAAGUUCAACGAGGUGGCGGCGUUCAUCCGGGCGAGGAAGCAUUGGAUGCAUGACCGCGCGCCGGCCGAGUGGAUGACCCCGGCGUUCCCGGAUUGCCGGUCCUGCGGGCAGCCCAACUGCAUGCGCCCAGUGGUGGCGGCCAAGAAACGAUCUAUCAACUGGCUGUUCAUGCUGUUAGGCCAAACCCUGGGAUGUUGCACCCUGGAUCAACUCAAGUACUUCUGCAAGCACACCAAGAACCACCGCACCGGCGCCAAGGACCGCGUCCUCUACCUCACCUACCUUGCACUCUGCAAGCAGCUCCAUCCAGCUGGACCCUUUUGAGCGGUGAUUGGUCUCUCUGAUCUACCGAUCGAUGAUCAUCGGCUGUCUGUCUGUCGAUCCAUCUCUUCUUGGUGGUGUUUGAUAUGAUGCUCAUGCUCCUCU